AUGUACGCCUCUCCUUUUAGCACAUCUUCACUUGCGUCCUCUUUCCUCAAAGGGGUCCAACCCGCGAGCAUUCUUGCACUGCGGCAAUGUGGCUCAUCCCUUUAUGUCGUUUCCAAGUCGGGGGGACAGGAAGUAACCGUUCUUGCAUACACUCUAAAAGCCCCUGCAGAGCCAUCAGUGACAGCGGAGAAGAAGGGCUCUGCUAUCAUUACAACAAUCCACACAAAUGCAAAUGUAUGGUGUUCUCCUAGUGGGAAUUAUGCUGUGGUGUCUCUGUGUGAUGAGCGGCAGCUUACAGCGGAGAUAUACGCUGUUGGUGUUGUCUCUAAGAAGCAGAAGUUACGCGUUUUCAAAAUCCGCGGGAUUGAAAUCCCGAUAACUGCUUUGACCUUUGUUUGUCCACAUCAUCCAAUUUGGAAGCUUCCGAGCGUUCUCGAUGAACCUAGCACAACAGCAUCGCUUGCUAAUGAGGAUAUUGAGGGUGUUCACAGUCCAGAGUUUCUGUUUGCGACGUCGGACAACUGUUUGAACGUAGGGCAGAUCGUGAAGAAUGAGGCCAAGGUUGUGCGCAAAACAAAGGUCGUCUCACUGUCCAAAGGUGCUGUGCUUCAAUUGCAUACCAUUCCCAUUAAUCACGCUACGAUUGACGCUGCUCGGAAAGUAGGUAUGCAGAACUAUGAUCAAUACAGCGCACCGAGCGCAGAUAUGUCGUCGGCUGUGUCUGAUCUUCCCGCAUAUAAAGCACUUAGUGUUAUGCUGACUCUAGUUUGCUCUCGCGGACUGAUUAAGGCCUAUCUUCAUACUGUGCACUCCCUAUUCGACAUAGUCUUCUCUUCUAGGGCAGAACUGGCCCGCUUUGAUUUGACAGAUGCAGAGGUUCUACAAAGGGGUCCAAUCCUCAAUACUGUUGCUGACUUUUUCUACUCUGCAACGGGGUCGGGACUGACAUAUCAGAUUAUCUCUCAGUCCAUUGGGUCAUCCAAUCUCCUUGUAUAUCAGUACAGCAUCUCUUUCCGCAAAAUCUUCGAAUCUGUUCUGCGCACUAGGAUUUCUGCACUACUUAAGAUCGAUUACCAAGACCAAGAUUCUGAUGCUGGAGCAGGGUAUGCAGAACUAAAGGCAUUACUAAAGAGGUGUGAUGCAUCUUCGUUUGUCAAUUUUGCCAUUGAUGUGACCCGAAUUCAAGGCUUCGACCCUCGCGACCCUGUCCUAGUUUGCUUGGAUGAUACUGAUAACGGUAAUACUAGUAGCAAGCAAACUACUUCACCUGGCGCGCUGUUAGGAGCAGCCACUUAUAAUUAUCAUAGUGUUAUCGUAUUGGCUAAUAGACUCUCUGUGUUCAAUUCCAUCUCGCGGUCACAGGUAACGAUGCUUCCCAAUCCUGUUGCCUACAAUGAUGUGCUUCUCAACCUGCAAGGUCUUGAUGCCACUCAUCUAUCUAAGCUACACAUGCUUCUCCAGAGUCAAUUCAUUUACUCUGGCGCAGAACUAAGACAGACGUUUCCCACCAUCACUGAUACCGGCGUUGUGGACCUUUCGACUGUCUUGCACUUCUACAUCCUCCUGUCCUAUGGGAAACUGUCAAGGACGGGCACUACCCCGUCGUCUAUCGGGUCGGUGAGUCUGAACGUUCAAGAUGAAGCCGGCAGCAUGUGGUUUAUCUACUACGCCCUCCAUGAGUACGACAAAGCUCUUCAGUACUGCCCCGUAGAAAGCACUCGGAAAGUCAUCCGGGAAGAGUAUGCAAAACAAUGUCUUGCAAACAACAAGGUUCUCCAGGGUGCCCGUUUGUUGUCCCAGACUGACCUUCCGCUCCUUGAUGUCUACCGUGACCUCAUCGGUAUCCAUAAAUAUGAAGCAGCUGUCUUAUAUCUGCAAGAAAAGCUCCAAAAGAUGCCUGCUCAUAAUGCUGCAUUGGCCAGGGCAGCCAACACCAUACGUGUAGCUGACCUUGACAGCUUGACAGAAAAGGGCGGGACAGGGGCUCUUCUGGGAUGUCUUGGUGUGACUAAAGAGCAAGCAGACCAAGCUAACUACUGUGUGGCCCGAAAGCUCGUGAUCCACAUGUUGAUUGAGGCCAUGAUCUUAGAGAUAGAUGCACGGAGGCGUGCCGUGGAAACAUACAAGGUGCUGCUGGAGAAAAACGAAGAAGGCGCUUACUUAGCGGUGCUCCAAGCCGAGGACCAAGUGGAUGUAUACAAGAUUAAGUUGAAGACGUUCCUUACCAACCCAGACUAUGUAUCUGCCCUGGACCUAUCCGUCUUACGGUCAUCCCUCCUUGACCAUGGACUUGACGACAUUUUGGUAGAGUUUUCUAAAUAUAAAAAGGACAACAGGACACUAUUCACCAGCUACUUAUUGACCCACAAGUACAAAGACGCCCUGCAUAUUUUGGCCGACCAAGAUUUGGAUUUAUUCUAUUAUUACUCAAAUACUUUGUUGUCUCACAUUCCGCGCGACUAUCUAAAUGUUGUGAAGAAGAAAACCAAGCAUGUAGCUGUGUUAGCCGCAGAAGCUAAUGGGGCAAAGCCCAGUGACGUCAAAGAUCAGGUUUUUGCACUGAGCAAACUAACAAAGUGCUUUGUGGAGGCUCUCAAUAAAGGAGACCCAGAAGUUAUGCGUGAGCUAGUGUCUUUCUUCCGAUGGCUCCUUUUAGACGAAGAGGGAAGCAUUGAGCCGUCUGUCAACACCUUUGCUUUUGAGUUUCUCGCUAAAGCCGGUGAGGAGGAGCUGUUGAGCCUGGCAAUUGAUAUUAUUCCAGUGGAUUUUUCUGUCGAUGUCUCGGUUAAGAAGUUCAAUCUCCCUGACAUUACCAGCGUUUGCAGAAGCUAUGGCUUCAGGGAUUGUGAGGCCAAAUGCCUUACCAAGACAGGGAACCAACUUGAUGCGUUAUCGCUUUCGCUGUCUCUCCAUACGAAGAUACCUCUGGCUGAACUUGAUUUCGGGCGAAAGGAAGCCUGCAUUGUGAACAUGAUAAAGAACGGAGACCUUCAGGGUGCCUUAUUAUCCAGAUCUCUUUCUACCAGUGCCGGAAUGUGUUCUGAGGAUACUUGCGAUUCUGUCUCGUCACUACAGGUCUCUCUUCCGAAUGAUAGCGAGGUGCUUAUUUUAGACGCCGCAGACUUGAUUGAUAAGUCUCAUCGUGUAGAACAGAAGAGACAGCUUUUAAAGACACUAGUUACUUGGCUUAUCAGCAUAGAGCUGCACGAUCCUACAGACUCCUUAUCUGAUAGAGGAUGGCUGACUCUCAAUCCAUCCUUGUCGAAAACGCAGGUAUAUGCCAUUGUUGAAGCAGUGUUUAGACAAUUGGUUUUGUUGCGGGCCACAGAGCUCAUGUUCGACUUUCCAUUCGUGUCCCUCACAGAGGUCAUGGACUUGAUAUUAUCUGCUGGAGCACCAUAUAACGUCAUUGCGGACAGCCUACAUCUUGCUUUCAAGCAUUACCAGAACCGAAGCGUGGAUGUUAAGCAGAGUCUUGAGAAGUGUGUCAGCCAAAUCAUGGCGAAGAAGUGCGACUUGGAAGAAGCUCGCCAACGCACAGUUGCUCAUGAGGGCCAGAAAGUAUGCGGGGUGUGCUUAGAAUAUUUGGAUAACAGCCACUGUCUUGCAAGUGGGCUUGGAAUCCGUGAACUAGCAGUGAAUAGCUGCAGUUUCUUAGCGCAUAACCAUACGGUAUUCUUUUGUGGACAUGUAUUCCACACAUCAUGCCUUGCAUUCUACCUAUCCCCUCUCAGUAGUCGGAUAAAUAAACUAGUCAGGGAGUGUGAUGCUGCACUGCAUACCGAAGCUAUGAAGCCAACUGGGCUUAUUGACAAGUUGAUAGGAAAGCUGGCCAGCAGCUGUCCCCUCUGUGAUGCAUAUGGAGUUGAGGAGAUAUCCACCGAUAUUUGCAGCGGAGCCCCUCUUCUUCUCCGCCUAUAA